AUGAAAUCCGACUCCUUCCUCCUCCGCCCCCUCCGCACCAGCUGCAAAACCAAAAGGGGAUACGCUCGCCGCUCUCCAUCGAAUCCUCUCAUCCUCUCACCCUCACCAUCAUCUUCCUCCUCGUCCUCAUCCUCAUCCUCCUCUCACGUCCCAUCGGACAGCCACACCGCCAUCAAAGCACACUUCCAGCGACUCAUCCACUCUUCAAAACAAAAACCACGCCAGUCUCCUCCCUCUCAACUCCACUCCAAAGCCACAAACAACUUCUCUUCCACGUUCUCUGCCUCAGCAGACGGAAGUCUCCGUAUUCAACACGACAUCAAACUCCAAGAUGUGGAGGGCCAGAAGCGGAACCAGCCCCAAAACCAGAUUCCUCAACUCGUCUACGAGCAUGAGCUAGUCGACGGUGUGGUGCAUGAUGCGGAAAGGGGCGAGGUUUGUGUGGUUCUUGAGGUGGGUGUUGCGCGGGUAGUGGGCGUGGAGAGGGUGAGGUGGUGGGAGGUUGGGGUUGUGGAUUUAGAUCUGGAGGCCGAUUUGGGUGUGGUUGGGAGGGAGGGGGAUAGGAAGAGGCAGAGGUGGAUAGAGGAGGAAGAUAUUGGGAGGGCGUUUUGAGAGUGUUGAGAGUGACAAGGGGUGGUAUCUGCGAGGCUUUGGAGAAGGGAAUGAUAGUCUAAUUGUCAUCUCGGCAUCGGUAGGGAUUUUGUUAGGUGCGGUUGUUUUUGACCGGCUUCGUUGUUGCGCCUGCUCGCUUACGAGCUAUGGAUCAACUUUGUGGGCAGGCCUCUCAAAUGAAAUAAACUUUUGGAACAGUUGGAGGUUGUAAACAAGUGCA